CACCACGGAGACCAAUGUAGCUACAACGUAUGCAAUGCCGGAGACAACUCCAUACGACCCUUGUUCCCAAAACCCCUGCCAGUAUGGCGGUACAUGUAUACGUACCAAUAGUUACUAUUGGCCAUACACUGGCUACAGAUGUAACUGUCCUUACUACCGUACUGGGCAAAAGUGCGAGUUCGGCGCUUACGGAUAUCAAACCACGUCGGAAAAGGAAAUCACAACUGCAACAGCGGAGGCAACUACAUACGACCCUUGUUCCCAAAACCCCUGCCAGUAUGGUGGUACAUGUAUACGUACCAGCCAUUACUACUGGCCAUACACUGGCUACAGAUGUAACUGUCCUUACUACCGCACUGGGCAAAAGUGCGAGUACGGCGCCUACGGAUACCGAGAAACCACGGCGGCAAACGGAAUCACAACUGAAAUGCCGGAAGGAACUACAUACGACCCCUGUUCCCAAAACCCCUGCCAAUAUGGCGGUACAUGUAUACGAACCAACAGUUACUAUUGGCCGUACACUGGCUACAGAUGUAACUGUCCUUACUACCGCACUGGGCAGAAGUGCGAGUACAGCGCUUACGGGGAAACCACUGCGGCAGACGCAAUCCCAACAACAGUGGCGCCGGAAGCAACUACAUACGAUCCCUGCUAUAACAAUCCGUGUCAGAAUGGUGGAACGUGUCACCCGAAGACAAUCCCUUACUGGCCGUACCAAUUCAAAAAAUACAUCUGCCAGUGCGACUCUAACCACUAUGGACAAGAAUGCCAGCACAAUGCACGUUGUCAAAAUGGAGGAUAUAUUGAUGAGACUUACUAUAACGGUAGAUGUAGCUGUCCAGUCGGCACAUGGGGCUAUCUUUGCCAAUAUGAAAGCGAUCAGUUUACAGGGAAAAAGAUCCGUUUAGUAGGUUUGAUGAUUAGAAACAUAGGCCGAGUGGAGGUUUAUCAUGAUGGCCAGUGGGGGACAGUUUGUGGCGAUGGCUUUGGCAACACUGAAGCAGAGGUUGUAUGCCGUUUGCUGGGAUACAGCCCGUACAAUGCCAGAGUAUUCAAAUCUGAUUGGUCUGACCAUCAUACUUAUGGCCGAAUAUGGCUGGAUGAUUUGCGCUGUAGAGGCAAGGAGUCCAGUAUAUUCGACUGCUCUCACAGAGGUCUGGGUGUACACGACUGUUACCACCGUCAAGAUGCCGGGGUGGCAUGUCACAAUGACACAGGGCUCUCGGCCACCGCCAUUCCUGACCCCUGUUCCCCAAGCCCCUGCCAAAAUGGUGGCACCUGUGUACGUGCCAGCAUUUUACUUUCUUCGUACUCUGAAUACAAAUGUGUAUGUCCUCUCCAACGAUUUGGGGAAAACUGCGAGCAGAGAUAUAUUCCCGAGCCAUGUGACUCAAAUCCUUGCCAAUAUGGUUCAUGUGUGAGUACCAGCAGUACUGGCUACAGAUGUGACUGUCCUUUCGACCGCACAGGGGAGAAGUGCGAGAACAGAAUUUUGGGAAACAACUCUUGCUCUUCGAACCCAUGUUAUAAUGGAGGCAAGUGUUAUGUAUACGAAAACGACUACUUCUGCAAAUGUCCUUUGGGUAGAUAUGGGAAGAGGUGCAAAUCUAAUGAAUUCCCAGUUCGUUUAGUUGGAGGCCGCAGCAACAGAGAAGGGCGCGUGGAAAUUGAACUUAAUGGCCGCUGGGGGACUGUGUGUGACGACGGAUUUGACGAUAAUGCCGCUAGGGUCAUAUGUAGAUCACUUGGAUUUGGUGACCGUUAUGCAAAAGCGCACCAGUCUGCCUGCUAUGGGCAGGGCAUAGGGUGGAUUUUUCUAGAUGAUGUCAAAUGCACUGGAGAUGAAAAUUCAUUAUCAGCAUGUAGCCACAGAAUUCAUGGUUCCCACGACUGUGGACACUCUGAAGAUGCCGGGGUGUCUUGUGGGUACUCCUAUACUCGAAGAUGCCCAGGGGAUUCUCAAAACGCCACGAUCGAAGUACCCGGUAAUACCUCCUCAAGCUAUGAUCCUUGCUUUUCCUACCCAUGUCUCAAUGGAGGUAAAUGUGUCACACACAGAUCUUAUGACUGGCCCUAUGUGGACUACAACUGCAAAUGUCCCGAGCCUAGAUAUGAAGGGAAGAGAUGUGAAUAUAAAAACCCGCCAGAUCCUUGCACUUCAAACCCAUGUUAUUAUGGCAGCACAUGUGUCCCACAAAGAGCUUCUUACAGGCCUUAUGACUAUGUGGACUACAACUGUACCUGUCCCUGGGAUAGAUACGGGAAGAGAUGUGAAUAUUAUGGUCGGCAAGCUACUGAAAAUCCUCCCAAUGAGAUGACUACUUCAUACGACCCCUGUUCCCGUAACCCCUGCCAGUAUGGCGGUACAUGUAUACGUACCAAUAGUUACUAUUGGCCAUACACUGGCUACAGAUGUAACUGUCCUUACUACCGUACUGGGCAAAAGUGCGAGUACGGCGCCUACGGAUACCAAGAAACUACAGCCACAGAAGGAAUUACAACAACAGCGCCUGAAUCUACUACAUACGAACCCUGUUCCCGUAACCCCUGCCAGUAUGGUGGUACAUGUAUACGUACCAACAGUUACUAUUGGCCGUACACUGGCUACAGAUGUAACUGUCCUUACUACCGUACUGGGCAAAAGUGCGAGUACAGCGCUAAUGGACACCAAACAACAGAAAUCCCCAGUGUGACGACAGAAGAAAAUGUCACUUUCCCAGUUCGUUUAGUUGGAGGCAACAGCAACAGAGAAGGACGUGUGGAGGUGUACCACAAUGGCCGCUGGGGCACUGUGUGUGACGACCACUUUGACGAUAGGGAUGCUACAGUUAUAUGCCGCAUGUUGGGAUUUGGUGACCAGAAUGUAGAAGGAUUCGAAGGCGCGUGCUUUGGUGCUGGCAGCGGACAGAUAUGGUUGGAUGACCUAGAUUGUAGAGGAACAGAAACAUAUAUUUCCCAGUGUUACCAUUUAGGCUGGGGACAACACAACUGUGGACAUGGAGAAGACGUCAGUGUAUCAUGUGGAUCUCCAUAUCAGAGGAGUUGUGGUAAAGUCCCACACUAUCUAAAUACAACAUCCGAACCACCGAUGACUACCACAAGCUAUGACCCUUGCUCUUCCUACCCUUGUUAUUAUGGAGGCACGUGUGUCCCUCAAAGAUCUUAUUACUGGCCUUAUAACUAUGUAGACUACAACUGUACGUGUCCCUGGGCUAGAUACGGGAAGAGAUGUGAAUAUUAUGGGUGGCCAACUACCGAAAGCCCCACAAAUGAAUCGGUAAAACCAAUUUGCAAGGCCCAGGCAGACAUAAUUUUUAUCUUGGACGGAUCUGGUAGCGUCAACGCACCCGACUUUGCCAAACAACUACAAUUCAUCAAGUCUUUGGUGAGGAAAUUCGACGUUGGACCAAACGCGGUACAGGUCGGCGUUAUGCAGUACUCAGACUACGCGGUGCAAGAGCUCAACCUUAACACUCACAGCACCGAGGCCGCCAUCCUAGCCGCCGUGGACAGGAUCAGGCAGAUGGGAGACGGUACUAACACAGCCCUAGCUCUCUCCACCGCCCGCACCAGCAGUUUCACGGCUGCCAGAGGCGAUCGGCCAAACGUACCGAACCUCGUUAUCAUCAUGACCGACGGUAGGUCUAAUGACAUGGCGGCGACCGCCAGAGAAGCAAACAAGCUGCGUUAUAUUGCGUCUGUGUUCGCAAUUGGUGUUGGGAGUAAUGUUAAUACUGCCGAGCUGAAGGCCAUGGCUACCGACCCGGAUAGCAAAUUCGUGUUUACUGUAACAGACUUCAGUGCCCUGUCAAAUAUAGAGACACAGUUAGCCACGGAUGCUUGUGCACAGGCUACUGCUGCACCACCAGUGAACCCCAACGUUUCCGUGAAUUGUGACUCGACAAAGGGUAUGACUGUGACGGUGGACGUAAAUGACAUCCAAUCUCGUCUUGGUCCAAUGACCUUAACCUUGGAUGACAUCAAGUGUGUUCCUGACCAAUACCUUGGCGGCAACGCAAUAUUCCAUGUGCCCCUUGCCACUCAAAUGUGUGGAACCCGCCGACUGGAAACCAAAGAUACAUUCAUCUACAGAAACGCCCUCGUCCUCCGGCCGUACAGUAACUCCCUCAUCAACCGCCAGCUGCACUACAGGUACACAUUGGAGUGUGUACUGUCGAGAUACGGUGACGUAGGAGAGGAAUUCGUCGCUAAAGGCACAGUGUACGGCAACCGAGCGUAUGUUGCUAACGGUAACUUCACCCUGAGGAUGGACCUGUAUCAUUCCGAUUACUUCACCUCCCCCGUGACCAGCUAUCCCCACGUGCUCAGACUUAACCAGGACAUGUAUGUGGACGUGGCUUUACUAACGCCGGACAUUAACCUUAAGGUGAUCCUGCAGAACUGUGUGGCGACGCCGAAGGCUACGAAGGGCUAUCCGCAAUAUCCCCUCAUAAGCAACAAAUGCCCAGACGACCCUACGGUACGCUUCUAUCCAUCUAACGACACGCAUGCGCAGUUCACCGUCAAGGCCUUCGAGUUCUUCAACGAUCCAGAGGUGUACAUCCACUGUGACGUUAUCGUGUGUAACGCCACUGACCGGGACAGUAGGUGUCUGCGGCCCAGUGAAGGGUAUGUUUGUCCACAAAAUGGCGGCAGGGGGAAGAGAGCGGUACCUGGUGACGUAGAGGUGUACAGCCUGGUGCAGGGACCCGUGUUCGUCCAAAAAGAGAACCCCGUAGCAGAGUUUGCCGUAAAAGACGAGAGGAAGAAUAAGGAAGACGGCGAGGAAGGUGCCCAGGCACCGGCUGCCACUACACUUGGAGCUGGUGUCAUGGCUGUAAGCGCAUGCGUUGUUGUCAUAGCAGCAGUGAUCGUAACGCGCAAGCGCAGAUCAUCCAAUACUGAAUACAUUCCAGUCAGAACCGAUGAAAUUUGA